AUGAGCAGCAGCCACCCCAAAAAGGUUUGGACCACUCUCAUCACAAAUACUGCCUAUUUGUCUGGUCUUUUGACCCUCGACUAUUCUCUCAAGAAAGUCGGCUCAAAGUAUCCGCUCGUUGUUCUCUACACGGAUACAUUUCCAAUUGAGGGGCAUCAAGCUCUUGACUCAAGAGGUAUCUUGAAACAACAUGUGCCCUAUCUUCUUCCAUCGGUCUCCAAGGACUAUACCAAUGACCCACGCUUCUACGACUGCUGGAGCAAGCUCACACCGUUUUCGCUCGUCGAGUAUGACCGCGUUGUGCAGCUUGAUAGCGAUAUGAUGGUACUACAGAACAUGGAUGAACUGAUGGAGAUUGAAUUGGACCCACCUGAAUUGGCUGGAACAGGAAAUCGGGUUUUUGCAGCUAGUCAUGCCUGCGUCUGCAACCCGCUUAAGAAGCCUCAUUAUCCAAAAGACUGGAUCCCGGCCAACUGUGCCUUUACUUCCCAGCAUGAAGACCCAAACAAUGCGCAAAUAGUCGGAGCUCCGCCUACUGCGGGGUUGGGAAUGCCUAAUGGAGGUCUUCAGGUGGUGAAUCCAUCUACAGAAACCUACGAGAAGAUUAGUCAACAGCUUGCUUCCGCCACAUCAUCGGAUUACGAGUUUGCCGAUCAGUCUUUAUUAAGCGACGUAUUUAACGGCAGAUGGGUUACCAUCCCGUAUAUCUACAAUGCGCUCAAAACCCUGCGAUGGGAGGGCGUCCACGACGCUAUCUGGCGGGAUGAGAAGGUUAAGAACGUACAUUACAUUCUCAGCCCAAAGCCAUGGGACAAAAUCGAGGAGGGAGCAGAUCAAAGUCAGGACCCGUCUCAUGCGUGGUGGAUAUCUUUAAAUGAAGAACGUUUAAAGAAUGAGCAGAGCAGAGGUACACAGGACCAAUUUUGA